AUGGAAGGAUUAACUGGAGAUGAUAUUUACCACUGGUGUCAGAGGAAGGGGGUAAACCCCCAAAAGUGUAUUGGAGUAGGAGGAGAGUUAACGGAAACUUCGGAUGACACUGUGUUAAGAAAAGUGAGUACCCUGUACGGAGUAAUAAGACCAAAUAUAGUGGACAACUGGGAUGACGAAGCAGGAAGAAAGAUUGCUGUCUUGGUUGAAACGGAUAAAGAAUUGGAUGUGAAUUUGAUACCAUUAAUGAUAAUAGCUGAUGAAGAAACAGGAAGAAGAUGGUCCAUAAUUGGUCCUAAUAUCAGAGAAGAAAAUAUCACCAGUAUACCCAUCUCGGCCGUGAUCUCACCAGAGGGAGUAGACAAAGGAGAAGCUAGUGGAAAUGGACACACUGCUACAAAUGUAAAUGGUGGACAAUUCGAAACCAUGGUAGAUAGGGUGGUCUCCCAACUUGAGAGAUGGCAUUAUGAAGGGAGUUAUCGGAGGUUGAGGAUCUUUUCUGGUAUUGUACCCGUACCCGCCGGAGAAGAACCGUAUGAAUCAUGGAAAGAAGCCGCCGUUCAACAAGCAGAGGAAUGGCAAUGUCCUGAUAAAAUAAAGAGACAACGAGUGGUGGAGAGUCUACGAGGCCCAGCCAUGGGGAUAAUACAAGCAGCCAGGAGAAGUAAUCCAAAUGCCAAUCUGGAGACCUACCUCGAGGCCUUGGAUUAUGCGUAUGGUACUAUGGAAGAUGUAGGGGAUCUGUUAUCCAGAUUACACCACACGUUUCAAGAGCCUAGUGAGAAACUUAGCGCUUAUGUUAUAAGAAUAGAUAAACUACUGUAUAAGAUAGUGGAAAAAAAAGGGAUCACUCGAGAUGAAGUAGAUAAAAGUCGCAUGAGACAGGUAUUACGGGGUGCUUUAACAACUGAUCCUGUAGCACAGAAGUUGAGGUGUUCUGAGAAAAAAGAACCACCACCCGGAUUUAACGAGAUAUUAAAAGACAUCAAACAAGAAGAAGUACUGAUUGAGAUGAGGGAAAAGACGGUAAAAAAGGUUAAGGUAGUACAAACUGUGACUGAGACUUCCCCAUUAGAGGAGAAAAUAUUAAAAUUAAUGGAAGAACAGAACAAAAGAAUAGAGCAAUUCAUUGAAAAUCAAAGUAUCAAUAACCUUUCCCAGAGUACUCCAUCUAGUGAUUCAACACGGGGUGGGGGAAGAAGGGGCACUUUCAAUAGCAGGGGCUGUUUUAGGUGUGGGAGGAUUGGCCAUCGAGCCUUUGAGUGUAACCUGAAUCGGAACUCGCCUCGGAGGUAUGUUACUCCCUCUCUGAACACCGAUGGUGAAGACCAAGAUCGGGGAAACGGACAAGGGAGGCCCGUGAAUCCCCAACAGGUCUCCUAG